AUUCGACGGUAUUCGUUUAAUUUCGUAGCAAAAGUGACGCCGCGCUGAUCCGGCAUUCUUCCAUUUUGUAUAGCGUUUACGUUAGAUUCAUCGUUUCACGUUUUCAACAUUAAAUUGCAAGUGUCUCCACAUCGUGCACUUAAAUAUCGAAGGUAUACAAAAUGUCAGAAGAACCAGAACAACAAAUUGAAAGCGAAACUAAUGCUGAGACUGCGAAGCCACCGAACGGGCCGAUGGGCAGGGGCGGUAUUCGAGGCUUCUCACGAGGCUCGCCCGGACCACGCGGUGGCCCUAUGGGACGGGGUGGUCCACGAGGGGGAAGAGGAAUGGGAAUGAUGAGAGGAAGAGGCGGUAUGGGAGGUCCCCCUGGCGGGCGUGGAAUGAUGAGAGGUCGUGGCGGUUUUAGAGGUGGACCUAGAGGAGCACCACGCGGCGGUCCAAGAGGGGCACCGCGCGGAGGUCCCGGACGGUUUUCGGGCGGAGGCAUGGGUGGUGGUGGAGGUGAUGUCCCAGAUGCUAACCAAGACAAUGAUCAGAGUGGUGGUCUUGGCGGUAAUCUCGGCAGGGGCGGUUAUAGAGGACGCCCAGGAGGUGGCGGUAUGGGUAGAGGAGGCCCGAUGGGAGGACGUGGGAUGAGAGGAGGCCGUGGUGGUGACAGAGGUGGUCGUCCCGGCGAUAGGGGAAUGAGAUUUGGUGAUCGUGGACGUGGUGGAGAUAGAGGUUCAAGAGGUGGUGGUUUUGGCAGAUUUGGUGGUGGCCAAGGUGGUGAUAAACGACCCGGCGGACCUCCCAGCUUGGGCGGGCCAAUGGGCGGUAAAAGACCUAGAUUUGAUAAUGGCUCAAAUGGAUUUGGCCAAAACGAUCGAUCACAGUCAUUUGGUGGUGGUGGAGGUGGAUUUGGACAGUCUGCGUCAUAUGGUCAGUACAAUCAACCUAACUAUGGCAAUAGUGGUGGUAGUGGGGGUGGUUAUUCAAAUUACGGUAACAGUAAUCAAUAUGAUGGUUCAGGAGGAGGAUAUGGUGGCGGCUAUCAAUCUGGAAAUGACAGAGUGUCCUAUGGCCAGUCGGGCGGAUAUAGCAGCGGAGGUCCUUCAAAUGAUGGCUAUUCAAGUUCGUACGGCGGUAUGAACUCAAACACACAAGGGUAUGGCGGCGGCGGUGGUGGAUACAGUAGUGGAGGAUAUGGUGGGCAGUCAGGAAGCGGUGGCGGAUAUGAUGACAGAGGAGGAUAUCAAUCUGGUGGAUUUGAAGCCCAAUUUAAACCCUUAACCCCACUUUUAUUUUCUCGUUACAGAGUCCCAGGGGGGUUACGGUGGUAGUGGUGGUGGUGGACCUGGUGGCUAUGGAAAGGAUUUUGGCAGGCAGCAUUCAUAAAUCGUUGGAAACUAAUUCAAUAUGGUGUUUUAGACUAACAAGCCCAAUUUAAGAAAAAGAGGAAAUUCAUCUUUUCAUAACUUCUACGUCAUUAAAAAUAGUAUUCGUCGGGCUUUAUUGUCCCUUAAAAUAAUUUUUGUGUUUGUACUAGUGCAGUACCUUUACUAAUCUCGACAACACAAAUCAGCCAGAAGUUCAACAAAAAAAAAUGUGUUUGUCAAUUAGUAAUAUUAAACAAUUUUAACGAAAUUAAAAUUCUUUUAUUUUUCACAACAAUGUGUUGAUUUGUUUCGUUCAGAAUUGCAUGGCUCUUUAUUUGACAUCUAUUGUACUAUCAUCAUAAACAACAGAUUGGUACAGGUUGAUUUUUGGAUUAUUUUUGUAUAUCUAACUGAAUAUUAUGUCCAAGUAGGUAAUUUUUAAACUUAGUGAAAAUGUAUCUCACACAGUAUGAUAUAAGAAAUAAAGCAGUAGUGACAAAUAAUUUCAUUUGUAGAAAUUUUCUAUGAUUAAUACUAGUUACAUAUAAUUUAAAAAAAUAGAUGUAUUAUUGUAUCUUUCUAAGUUUUAAUAUACAAUAACUCGUAAGGAAAUGAAUCUUGAAUUUUUAUUGCACAAAUCGUAAAAGCCGUCUAAAGGUUGAAAUCCCUUCCAGCUAUUGAAGCUGUAGAAUUGAUGCAAAAACAAGUAUAGAAAUGCUUGGAAUCAAUAUAUUAUAGCAUUAGUGCUGGUAAACCGUGGCAUUUUAUCAAUAUGCCCUUCAAUGUUCAAGGAAUAACAUUUCUACCUGAAAGCACUAUUUUAUACAUGCAUUACCAGAGCAAGCUACAAUGUCACACUUAUAUCUAUUAAUAGAAGUGUGUAAUGGUACUAAAAGCUAAUAAAUACAAAUAUUAUAAGUAAGUAAUAACAAUUCAUUACAAAAGUCUAAUUUUAUGUACAGUUUGAUAAAAUGUAGUUUUGCUAUUACAGCAUCUAGGUACAUCUUCCAGUGCAGUUAGAAAAAACUACUGCAAAACGCUAUGGUUACACCACUAUUUAUAUGUGAGAAAACAAUAAAUCCCGGAAUUCAUCCACAAAGUAUUCCAUAGCUAAAUCGUUUUCGAGUUCACCAAAUAGUUAAAUUCUACAAUAAAAACCACACGUCACAAAAAAAUAAGAUAAAAUACUCCUAAUAACGGUUUAGCAUUGCAUACGAUUGAACAUUUCUAUUGUUGUACACUCUGCUAUGAUCUUUAAGUAAGUAUAGCCUCUGUCAAUGUAUGCAGUCACGGGAUUUGAUAUCUAUUUUUUUGUCAUUUCUGAUGGUAAGUGCUCACCAUCUCAAAACGACACUAAUUUUGGGCGAAGAUCACACUGAUUGUGCAAUUUUUGAACAUUGUCACUCUUCUGGGUUCCAAUCAUGAUUAUCUUCACGAUUUUGUUAAUCUGUAGUACCUACCUUUAGGCUAUUAAUAAGAGUAUCGCAGAAUAAUGGAUGUUUAGCUUGAAGGGAUGGUGGUUUUUUUAAAACAGUGUAUUAGAAAAAAAAUCAACUCGAGCUCCUCAUGUAUAUGCGUAUGUACCUAUAUCUUCUGUACUAUUUAGUGCACAAUUACUUACAAGAGAAUAUUCUAGAAUCAGAGACAGACAAUUGGUAGCCAUACUAAUCGUCGAAUGUAGUAAAGAAGCCUGCAAAUAUAUGAAUAAGAGCAAUCAAUCAACCUUUAUAGUAUAUGUGAUAAAUUGUUAGGGAAAAAUUUUCUCUGAAGAUGCAAUCAUCACUAAUUAUACACUGUGUCCCAAGAUGUUUAGUGCAAAGGAAUCUGAAUCAAUUAUGAGGUACUAUAGUGUGUUCAGCUCUUCAGAUGCAGUAUGAGCGCUUAUCGACUAAAUGUGUCUUUAUUCUCGUUUGUCAUUUCUAAACAAUGUUAUCAUUUUUCUUUAAAUGACACUGUCAUCACACCUUAGAACGUCGCUUAAUUCGUAAACGUGAUUCUGUACAAACUUUAUAUUCUAAAACCCCUUAAAUACAAAGGUUAUUUAACAAUUAACGAGACAAAUUAUUAUUGCUCAAAAACGGUUUAUUCAAUCAGUACAAAACUAUUGUUACUUUUCAAUAUAGUCCCGGCAACUCUUAUGUCCCUUCUUUCUGCUAAUUUGUAAAUACCAUUGGCAUAAAAUUCUUCGGGUUGAUCUCGUAGCCAUUUUUUAAAUAGAUUUCUGUCUACCUGUUGUAAUGGUAUCAGUAUAUUUAUAGGUUUAUAUAUAUAUCAAUUCCAAGAAACAGUAACUUUCAUAAUUAUGAGCCGAUUUCGACCAAACUUUAAUGGUUGGUGUAACUCGUAAAUAUCUCUGUUAAAUUCGUGAAUCGGCCAAUUCCCAUUUGUAAAUGUUCGAGAUGACUUUUAAAAGUCAAACCAAAGACAAAUUUAAGAUGCGCGAAAACUGUCACAGCAAAGACAUCAAACGUAGAACGAAUAGCUUACUAUGUUGCUAAACGAAGGUGCAUUGAUUCACUUUUCACUCGCCUCACUAAAAAUGAAUUUUAGAAGGUACAUGAAAUUAUAAUUUGUUGUGCAAUUGUGAUUAGUAAAAAUAUAUGUGAAUGUAUUUUACCAAUAAAGAAUUAUUCUUA